GAUUGGACAACUCCCUGUGUGGAUUGGUGCCACCUUGGCCACGUGGGCGAUUUGUUGGGCGGUAUUCAGCCCACAGGAUAUUAUCACAUCGUCUCCACAGCAGCCUUGGUGGCCAUGGCUGGACACGAGGUUUGUGGUCUCAUCGCCACUUACAUGGGCUCCAAGCAAACACAAGCACUGAUCCCACACCUGAAGAGCCGCUGCUUGCCCAGUUUCCUGUUGGCCUUGAUGUUCGGCGUCCUGGCCACGGCUGAGCGCUUCUUCAGCCGCCCGGAGUGGACCAUCGCCCACGUGGGGCCCAGCGCCGAUGGGCUCACGGCGCCCGGCCGUCCCGUCUACACCAUGCAGUACCUGGAGUGGGGCAUCAACGUGCCAAUCCUGAUGAUCUUGUCUGGCUACUGCAGCCUGGGCCGUCCCUUACUGGAGGUCUCACGGCCGUUGAUCGUGACGAACGUCUACGUGAUCUUUUGCUGGGCUGCACAGGUCUCUGACUCCGGGCUCGUCAAGUGGAUGUUGAUCCUCAUCUCCAUGGCCAUGUACGGCUGGGCCUCGGUGGACAUGUUGCAAUGGGUCAAAGACUUCGAGGGCUCUGCGCCGCAGGACCUUCCCAGCCGUGGCAUUCGCCCCUGGCUCUCCAACGGCCUCAUCUUGGCUUUCGUCCUUUACGGCGUGGUCUACAUGUCAUCUGUGACCGGCUUGGUGGACGCUCAUGCAGAGCGAAAGGGCUUUUUCGUGCUGACCUUCGGUGCGAAGAUCGCGUACUGCGCAGCCUUCGUUUUUAUCCGCGCCGAUGAGUAUCACAAGACCCUCACUGAUGUGCUGCGGAAGGUGAGCGUCUCCAACGUGGGUAUGAUCUCCAUCCUCCGUGGCAGCUUUGAUAUCAUCCUCCCAUGUGUUUUGGACGCUGCCGGCCGGUGCAAACUGCCACCUGCCAUGUCUGGAGACAUGCAGAAAUUGGAGAAGAUGCUUGGAGACCAUGGGAAGGAAGACAAAUCGGACUUCUCAGCCUACGUCCGCAAUGUCGUCCGACAAGCAGACUGCCCACAGGGAAGCGAGGUGAGCUUAUCGACCCAAGGUAUUUGGACCUGUGCUGGUGGCGCUAUGCCUCCCAUCGCCCAAGUUCUGCACAGCAAGAUGCUCUCGACGUCCCAGUCGCGGCUCUCGGCCACGUUGCACCUCUCCGUGGUGCCGCGCUCCGCGGUGAGCCACGGCAAGGAGCGGGAUGAGUCGAAAGAGAUGGACGUGGCACAGACCGGCUUUGAGGAUUUCAAGGCGGUGGAGGCGAGGACAUCCGCUGGUGGCUCCACCCAGAUCUCCAGUGACAGCGGCUCGGUCAUCGUGGCCAACUUGGGGGACCUCACCAAGCUCGGCGCCAUCUUGCAUGCCAGCUCAGUACAGGAGAGUGAGGAGGGUAGCCAGUACUGGGGACCUUCCAUGGUCACCGACACGAUGUCACACUUGGGUGCCUUCGCUGACAACGCUGCACCCUUGUCUUGUGGCUUCGACGCGCGCAUCGCAGGGAUUUGGGAAGGCCGACCACGCAGGCAUAGGUUGCACGCGGUCUUCCACGCAGAUGGUAAACGCACGAGGCGACGACAGGACUGCGUCAAGGCGAACAUUACUGUGCUGGGACAAACGAUGGAUGCUCGCUUCCGCGUGAACUGCUCCGUGGAGCCCUGCCAACUCGACAUUGAAGUGUUGCCCAAAGGUAGCCCUCCACCAGCUCUUCCUUACAUCUUCAAAUUCGGCCCUCAGGGUUCCCUCUACUUAUGCGGCCCUGCAGACAAGCGCUUGCAGCGUCCAACCAGCUUCGAGGGCCCAGGGCUUUGCAUCAUGGAACGGGUGGACCAUGCAAUGCCAAUGCCCAUGCUGCGUCAAGAAUCCGUACCAACACAAAUGCCUUUCGGCAAGUUUAGGUCGUUCGAGCCGGACCCCGAGUUCAGCCGCAACACCACUGAGAGCUGCAAGGACUGGUGGGUAACAAGGGAGCGACCGCGGAGCGACCGCGGAGCGACCGCGGAGCGACCGCGGAGCGACGUCGCAAGGGCCAAUGUGAGCAAGAAGGAGCGAGAAGAGAAUGUACUUGCCAACGGCGCCAUCGCAGCGGCCACCUGGCUGCUUGCAUUGGAACUCCUAUACCAGGCACUGGCGACGCAUAAGAUUGAAAGCUUCGGAGCUUCGAAGAACCUUCCAGUGCUUUCGCUUCAGAAAAGCCUCAACUCUAUAAAGUUGCUUAGCCAGAAAGGCUCCAUUUGGCUGCGAGCUGCGCAGCUCUUGGAGAAAGCGCUGCAGCACGGGCAUCAGGACAGGAAUGGCAGGGUGGAGCGUCGCAAAAGCUCGUUGACCCUGUCCAUGUUCACGGGAAAAAGAUGA